CUCCCAGAGACGGCCCGCUGCCCAUGCGCAGUGAUAGAAGCGACAGAGCUGCUAGAAGCGGACAGAAAGUUGCUCCUUGGUGCGAGCGCCAUCAUCUCACCGCGGGUUUCCUUCCUCAACGUUGUCUCGGAGCUCCAGGUGUAACCUCACGGCCCUUUGUCCAGGUGGUCCGUGUCCCGCCCCCGGGCCCACCGUCAGAGCAGCGGGCAGCGCUGAGCGACGUGCGGGAGGCCCAGCCCCGCGGGCUCAGAGUCGGGCAGAGGCCUGCGGCAGGUAGCGUCGCCGCCACUCAACAUGAAGGAGGAUAAGGAGAACACCAAACCUAGGGAGAAGAAAGCCGAGGUCAAGUACGAGGAGCGGGCAGAGAGAACCGAGAAGAAGGAAAAGAGAGAGGCUUUGACCAAGGUGGUGAUCCGCCGUCUACCUCCUAGUUUGACGAAAGACCAAUUGGAGGAACAACUUUCCCCAUUACCUGAGCAUGAUUACUUUGAGUUUUUUUCUACUAAUUCAAGUUUGUUUCCUCACAUAUUUUCUAGAGCAUACAUCAAUUUCAAAAACCAAGAAGAUAUUGUUCUCUUCAGGGAUCAAUUUGAUGGCUAUGUUUUCAUUGAUAGCAAAGGUCAGGAAUACCCUGCUAUUGUAGAAUUUGCUCCAUUUCAGAAAAUUCCAAAAAAGAAAAGCAAGAAAAAAGAUGCAAAAGCAGGAACUAUUGAAGAAAAUACAGACAGUUUGCACUUUAGUGAUGAUCCCGAAUAUAAAAAGUUUUUGGAGAGUUAUAAUAACACGGAUGAUGAGAAAAAUUCCAACAAUCCUGAAACGCUUCUAGAGGAAAUUGAAGCUAAAACAAAAGAGCUGGCAGCUAAGAAAACAACUCCUCUUCUGGACUAUGUAAAAACUAAGCAGAGAAUAAGAGAGGAAAAAAGAGAAGAAAGGAGGAGACGAGAGCUGGAAAAGAGGAGGCUCCGAGAAGAAGAAAGAAGAAAAUGGAGGGAGGAUGAGAGGCGAAAAAGAAGAGAAGCAGAGAAGCAAAAGAAGAUGAUGGUAGAGAAAGGAUUUGAUAAAGAUAAGGAUCGAUCAAAGGAUGAACCAAAGAUUAAGCUCCUGAAGAAGCCAGAAAAAGGAGAUGAUGCUGGCAUGGAAAAAACGAAGGACAAAAUAAAGAAACUGGAAAGAGAGAGGGUUAAAGAGGACAGGCCUUUCACUGGCCAAGGAAAACGCCUGGAGAGUUCAAUCAAGGAAGAUAAAGGAAAGAAAUUUGAAGACGAUGGUGGAAGAGAUUACCGGGAGAAAGAGGAAAGGGAGCGCGAAAGAAGGCUGAAGGAGAAAGAGCGGCAGAAACGGCAAGAGGAAGAGCGACGGAAGCCGAGGGAGCGGUGUGAGGUUGACAGGCCUUUCAGAAAAAAAGAUGAAGAGAUUAAGAAGGAAAAAGAUCAAUCAAAUGAAAAAACUCGUAGAAAGGAAAGCUUGGAGAUUGCACCUAGUUACGACAAAUUGGAAAGGGGAAGAGAAGAUAAGAAGGAUGAAAGUGCAUUAAAAAAAGAACGAAUUAGAAAUAAGGACAGGCCCACGAUGCAGCUGUACCAACCGGGCGCACGGAGCCGCAGCCGGCUGGUGGCGUUCCCAAAGUCUAGCGAGAGCAGCGUGAAAUCAGGCGAGGACAGCGAGGAGAAGAAGGAAUCCGAGGCUUCUGGAAACAUUGCCGAAAAGGAGAGCGAGGAAUGAAAAGCCUGCUGUUCGUUCAGUGAUCGCGCAAUCGCAGUAUGACAAGCGUGUGGGGGAAGUCCAAAAGUGUCCUUAUUGGUGAUGAGCUUGGAGAAUGAGAAUGGUGCAGUUUGCUUGUCAGAUAAAAUGUUUGAAGCCGGUCAAUUCCCAAUGUUAAGAAUGAAGGUUUAUUUUAUCAUCGCAGUUGUGGCAGAGCAUCGACGUGCAAGAUUGUAACUGUUGGAGAUUAACUGGGAUGUAAAUUAAAUGUUGUGCUUACUAGACAGAUGCUAGUAGCUCUGAAAAUGUACUAGCCAACAGCUUUGACACAAGCUAAUGAUACCAAUGAUAACCCAUUAUUUACUUCAGGGUAGGCAAGAGGCAAGUCAAAAGGGUGUGUUCUGUUAGCUAUAGCAGAAUUAUACUGGAAGAUGCAAAUAACUUACCUGGGCUAUGUUAAUAUAAAUUUAGUUCGGCAUUGCAGGUUAGAGCAUGAGAGACCAAAUUCUUAGUGGUCUUGCAUUCCGUGGUAGAAAGAUCAAUAAAAAGGCCCAAGUGAGUAAAAACAAAUAAUUGUUCUUUCAUACUUGUCAUAGGUGCUGCAUUUUUAGCAUUAAAUGUGUCUAAGCCUAGAACAGGAAAACAUAUCAGUUGCAGUUUGCAUUGAACUGACUGAUGUAUUGCUUCAGUUCUCGAUCUAAUACUGUUUCUAGUGAUUUGUUUUUUGCUUAAAAUCUAAUUGUUCUUUCCUAUUGCUAUGCUGCACCAGUGCAUUUGACUCGAGUUUUACUUCAUGAAGAACACAAGAUCAUAUAACAUGAAGAUCAUAUCUGACGCUAGUUGGAAAUGUGAUUCAUUAAGGAACGAGUAUGAAGUGAUAUGUCUGCUCUUAGCUCAAUUCCCCCCCCCCCCCUCCCUUCCUUGUGCCUUGAAGUCCCUAUAACAUUGCUCCCUGUUUAGCCAAUAGAGGGCGCCAGUUACUUGGUAGCCAGGAGUCUGUUUUGUAUGAAGAAACUUGUUGGUGUGUGAGUGCGCAUGCUUUUUAAACAGUUGAAUGGCAAUCUGAUCCAUACGAUGGAAGAACAGUUGAUGCUGAGUUGUUUUCUUGGGGAGCAGAAUGCCUUACAGAAAACGGAAAUAGAAACCUGUACAGUGACUAAUCUCGUGAGCAUGUUGGUCAUUUACUAAGAGUGCACAUAGUUUUGGAUCAUGUGUGGUAAAAUAAGCAAGAAAAUAUGGAGCCUGUUCUUGAUCCUUGAUUUGUAAUAUUGCCAGUUCCGUCAUUCCAAGUUUAACAUCUUGUCGAUGUUCUCAUCUUCAGGAUCGGCGGAAUUGGUGAAAACUAAAACCAAUGCUAAAUCUGCAUCAACAUACAUUUUUGGUUUGCUUUUCUUCAGAUCAAAUGUUGCAAAGCUGUUUGUACAUUCCAGGAUCAGAGCAGUUGUAAGAACCCCAAGAGAAAGUUGAAACUUUUACUUUGUUAAUUCUCAAGGCAAUGUAUUAUUUCCUUUUUGUUUCUUGUGCAAUGUUUGUAUUUUUCAAUGGUGUUGAACACUUGCGAUCAAUAAAUACUCAUGACAAGGUG